CUGACUGGUUGUGACUUUUCUAGUUGUCUGUCAAAGUGCUGAGAAAGUGUGGUUGUCGUGUUUAUAGAUUAAUAUCGUUCGUUCUUUCUACCGGAAGAUUUCAUUACAUUAAUUAAGAUUUUCAAGCACUUCUUCCAAACGGAACAGAAUGGCUGACCCCGAAGCAGUGAACGGUGUAGAAGACUCGACCGACAAAAAACAGAAAAAGUCCUCUAAACACGAUGGUGGUGCGGCGGAUUUGGAACGAGUGACGGAUUACGCCGAGGAAAAGGAGAUCACAUCGCACAACUUGUGUUCCAAUGCUGCGAACUUGUUUGAAGAUAAACGUAACAAGGAAAAUGAAGAAAAGCUUGCCAUGGAACGGGAACUACAGAAAGUUCAUGUAAGAAAAGAGGAUAUAGAACUGAUCAUCCGUGAAAUGGAGAUUACACGUAGCAAAGCGGAACAAACCUUGCGUGUCCAUCGAGGCGAUGUCGUAGCUGCGUUGGAAGCUCUUACAAAUUAGAAAUCUGGCACCGUAAGUGUUCUUUCGCUGUGAAUGGAUGCAAAAGAUAAUAAAACGAACUCGGAAUGUCUUGAACCGUCGAAA